AUGAGUUUCCAAGACAAAGUAGUGAUUGUAACAGGCGCUAGUUCUGGCAUUGGAGCUGCAAUUGCCAUCAAGUUUGCAGCAGAAGGGGCAAAAGUAGCCUUAGUGGGCAGAAACCAGGAGAAACUGAACAACGUCGCGAAGAAAUGCGGUAAUCCGGUAGUAAUCGUUGCUGACGUGUCUAAGGAUGAUGACGCUAAAAGAAUUAUCGAAGAUACCAUAAGAUAUUUGGGACAAAUUGACAUUUUGAUCAAUAAUGCCGGUAUUGGAGGGACAACAGAUAUUCUAAAAGAAGAUGCUGUUCAAAUUUUUGAUAAAAUAAUCGCAACGAAUCUUCGUGCAGCUAUUGUCUUGACACACCUUGCUGUACCACAUCUAGUGAAUACAAAAGGUAACAUUGUGAAUAUAUCGAGUAUCGCUAGUUUGAGAGUUAUCCCUGGAAGUUUCGCGUAUAGCACCUCAAAGGCUGGACUAGAUCACUUUACUAGAGCUGUGGCACUUGAACUAGCUCCACACGGUGUUCGUGUGAAUGCGGUCAAUCCAGGACCCGUUCGAACGGAUAUUAUUGAAAAUAUGGGAGCACCUAAGGAAAUGCAAGAUGUUAUUUUCGACAAAAUGCAAGAUAUGACUGCGUUGAACAGGGUCUCAGAUCCUGAAGAAAUAGCUGAUCUUGUUUUGUUCGUAGCGAGCGAGAAAUCGAAAGGUAUUACUGGUUCAGCUAUAGUGAGUGACAAUGGCUUAAUAAUAAAAUAA